CGUCAUCACGUUUAGCUCGGCUACGACGGGAUAUGAAUUAUCGACAGAGGUGAUGAUCACAAAAUCCUACUCCCGGUUUCGCCGCUACGAUUUAGUGCCAUGUUUUUGGUAUCGCCUAAAACCGUAGUGUUGUGCAUCUCCCUGCUCAUCUGUAUUUUGAGGAAAAAGGUGGUCCAUGCACGUGGUGCAUACAGUUCUUUGACGAAUAAAGUAAUUUCUAACAAUAAUGGAUGAAUCGGAGACAGUUGAAAUACCACAGAUAAAGGAAUCUUUAAAAGAUGACAACAAUCCAUAUGCAUACCUUGAUAGAAAUGAUUUUACUUCAGAGAAGUAUAAAAUUGAAAUUCGAGGAUUACCAAAACAUUAUGGAAUGGGAGAAUUCAAAAAAUUUUUAAAUGAGAAACUUAAUCUUGAUACCUGCAAAGUGAAGCCACCAAAAAAAAACAAUAGCUGGUUAUAUGCAUCCUUUCGUAAUGAGGAAAGUAGAUCCAAAGCAAUUUCAACCAUAAAUGGUAUUUCUUGGAAAAAUCAUAAGCUAACUGCACAGGUUGCAAAACCAGCACCUGAUCCUUUUAUUAAAAGAAAACUUGAACAAGGAGACUCCAAUAAUAAAAGGUCAAAAGUUGAUGAAGAAGAUAAAGCUCUUUCACCUUCAGAACGUGUCAGAAACUCUACAGUCCCCCUGUGGAAUAUUCCAUAUACUGAGCAGCUUGAACUCAAACAAAAAGAGAUGAGAGGAACAUUGUUGAAGAUGGGACAACAAAUAAGCAAAGAGAACAAGAGUUUAGCCAAAUGGAUAGACUUACAACAAAGUGUUCACCAUGGUUUACUUUGUGAAUUGCAAGAAAUACGUAGUGCAGAGUUAAUCAAGGGCUAUAGAAAUAAAUGUGAAUUUACUAUUGGUAAAAAUAUUGAAGGAACGGAAACUAUAAUAGGUUUUAGGAUAUCUAGCUAUGCUGCUGGAUCAACAGCAGUUGGACCAAUUCAGGAUCUGUGCCACAUUCCACAAAGAAUGAAAUCAGCAAUUAUGAUAUGUGAAGAAUUUAUCAAAAAGUCAAAGUAUGAUGUAUUUAAUCCAGUUGAUCACAGGGGAUAUUGGAAGCAAGUGACAGCAAGAACAACACGUUGUGAUCAUUUAAUGCUGAUAAUAGGAAUGAAUCCUCAGUGUUUAUCAGUUGAUGAAUUAAACGAAAUAAAAGGAGAAAUUCGAGAUUAUUUUGAAAAUGGAAAAGGUCUUGAAGCAAGAGUGACAUCUCUGUAUUUUCAAACAAUAAGUUUAAGAAGUGCUGGUGGACAAGAUGGUGGUACUAUUGAUCAUUUGAGUGGAAGAGAAUGCAUCCAAGAGAUAUUGCUAGACAUGACCUUCCGUGUAUCUCCAGAAGCGUUUUUUCAAGUGAACACUAUGGCUGCAGAAAUACUUUAUAAAACUGCAAUAGAACUGGCUAAUCCUAACUCUGAUAUUGCCCUAUUGGAUGUGUGCUGUGGUACUGGCACAAUUGGUCUUUGUUUUUCCAAGUUUUGUGGUGAAGUAUUGGGACUCGAGAUGGUGAGCAAUGCUAUUAAGAAUGCCAGAGAAAAUGCCAUCAAAAAUGAUGUUACCAAUUGUGAAUUCUUUGUUGGAAAAGCUGAGGACAUUUUGCACACUGUCAUACAGCGAACUUCUAAAAGCAGUAUAAUAGCUGUAGUAGAUCCACCUAGAGCUGGUCUACAUAAAACAGCUCUGCUCGCAUUACGUAGAGCAAAGAAAUUAAAGAAGCUGAUUUACAUAGCCUGUGAUCCAAAGGCUGCGAUCAGAAAUUUAGUUGAUCUAGCGAGACCAACGUCUAAACAGUAUGUUGGUGAACCUUUAGUUCCGAUAAAAGCUGUACCAGUAGAUAUGUUUCCCUACACUAAGCAUUGUGAGCUGAUCAUAUGCUUAGAAAGAAUAUCUGUAGUUCAAGAGCAUAAUAAAGAACUCAUUGUGAGUAAUGACAGAUGAAUAAACAUUGACAACUUAAUGAAAA